CCACACACCUCCACUACUACUGAACUCACACCCUCUCCGCUUUGCCCGGCCCGAGAUGAAUGCCAAUAAAAGGCUCGGAGGGAAGAGCACCCCGAGAGAUAAGGGAAACAUAGUCGAAGAAGAGAUGGAAGACGACAUAGAAGAAGAGGAAGUGGUGGGCGAGAAUGAAGGAGACUCUGGUUUUACAGAUGAUGGAAGGAAGAAGAAAUCUGUGGCCGGAAAAAGAGGGCCAAGUGGCGCAAGAGAGACUUCACCACCGAGCUGUCAGGCCGAGAAGUGUGGGGCCAACUUGAGUGAGGCAAAGCGGUACCACCGCCGCCAUAAGGUGUGUGAAGUCCAUGCAAAGGCGCCAUCGGUGAUAGUUGCUGGGCUGAGGCAGAGGUUCUGUCAGCAAUGCAGCAGGUUUCACGAGCUGACGGAGUUUGACGAAGCAAAGAGGAGUUGCCGCAGAAGGCUGGCAGGACACAAUGAGAGGAGGAGGAAGAGCUCUGCAGAGUUCUAUGGAGAAAGCUCGGGAUGCAGAACUGCCAGCCCAGCUUCAAAGUUGAAGCCUGACAGUCAGUGCAGGGAUGCCGACGAGAGGGGCAGAGUUCAAAUCCUUCCCCAAGGAAAUUCUACAUCUUUUAAGCACUUCCAGAUAAGAUAAAUGACUGAGUAUCUGGCUAGCAUGCUCUCUCUCUUCUGUCACCAUCCCAUCUCGAUCUACUUGCCCCCUGUCUAAUGAUCUUUCAUAGCCGGUGCUGAUUACAAGACUCUUUAAGUUGCAUAAAUAAUCUACUGAGACAGAGCUACUCCAUCUUGUGUGAUCCUGAUCUAGCUAGAAAAUUCUCUGCCUCAGGAAUGUAAUGCAAAAUAAAGCCUCUAGGCCAUCGAGUCGAGGGUGUAUGAGAAUGAAAUGUUAUUGUAAAGCAGUUUGCAUUGAA